AUGGACACAGAACAUCGGGUGAUAUUAAACGUUGGUGGCAUCCGACACGAAACCUACAGUCACGUCCUCAAGAAGAUCCCAGCCACAAGAUUAUCGAGGCUGACUCCGAAUUUGGCGAAUUAUGACCCCGUACUCAACGAAUACUUCUUCGACAGACAUCCAGGAGUCUUCUCGAUGAUUUUGAAUUAUUAUCGAACUGGUAAACUCCAUUAUCCAACCAACGUAUGUGGUCCUCUAUUCGAAGAAGAACUCGAGUUUUGGGGUCUCGACGCUAAUCAAGUGGAACCAUGUUGUUGGAUGACGUAUACACAGCACAGGGAUACACAAGAUACGCUAGCAGUUAUAGAGUCAUUGGAUUUAGAUGGGGAUCCUCCGACACAGGAAGAGAUAGCAAAAAAGUUCGGAUGGGAAGAUGACUAUUUCACAGGCAACAUGUCACAAUGGCAACGAUUGAAACCCCGAGUGUGGGCACUUUUCGAUGAGCCAUGGAGUUCGAAAUACGCAAGGGUGAUUUCAUUCCUCUCCGUAGCUUUCAUUCUUGCCUCCACUUGCUCAUUCAUUCUCAAGACGGAUCCAUCGUUUCAAAUACCCGAUAUUGAUGUAUUCUAUUCUCUACGAGUCGUCGAUGAAGGUGGUUUCAAAAACUAUCACAAAACAAUAGGAACCGAUAAGCCAGUGACAUCUCCACACCCGAAUUUCUUCUAUGUGGACCUCAUCUGCAAUAUCUGGUUCACCAUUGAAUUGUUGAUCAGAAGUCUGUUCUGUCCAUCAUUCCAUAAAUUCGUGAGAUCUCCACUCACUAUCAUUGAUGUGAUCUCAACGGGAGCAUUCUUCUUCGAAUCUCUCCUCCAUGCCAUUCUUAUUCAGACUGGCUCCUUGGUCACAUUGGAUUUCCUUUCCAUGAUCUGCGUGCUCAGGUUAUUCAAACUGACACAACAUUUCUCUGGACUGAAAAUUCUGAUCCAGACUUUCAAGGCGUCUGCACAAGAAUUGUUCUUGCUUGUGUUUUUCGUCGUCCUGGCAAUUGUUAUUUUCGCUGCAUUAGUAUAUUAUGCAGAGAGAAGUCAAUUGAACAAGGAUAACCAGUUCACAAGUAUACCUUUGGGACUUUGGUGGAGUCUCGUCACAAUUUCUACUGUAGGUUUCGGCGACAUGGUGCCCAAAACCUACCUGGGAAUGCUCGUCGGAUCCCUUUGUGCUCUGAUGGGUGUGCUCACUAUUGCUCUCCCAGUUCCAGUUAUUGUAUCCAACUUUUCCAAUUUAUACUCACAUUCACAGGCCAGAGCUAAGCUGCCGAAGAAGAGAAGGAGAGUGUUACAGGCGCACGAAGUGAAACCAGCCCUUCUGGGAGUAAAACAACAUCAUGGAAAACAUCGAAAGAAGAGCUCCUCGGCGACGUUCAAUCAACCACCUGCAAAUUUCAAAAAUGCAAACGGUGGACCACCAAUGCACGACAAUUCUGCAUCCAAGUUGAUGGCAUAA